AUGUUGGGACGUCGUGUGAAAAAGAUAGGCAAGUUCAACAUAAAGACCCCAUCAGAUAAACGUGAAUGUUGUGCGCGUGGUGUGGUAUAUCUCUCGGAAGACGGCAUCGUGAUAAGCGACAGCCAUAACAAGAAGCUGAAACUGUUUACUGACAACGGACAGUACCUUGAUGAGUUGGUAAUGGAAGGAUAUCCCUGUGAUAUGUGUCUGGUGGACAACCACACAGUGGCCGUCGCAGUCUACAGUCCUGGUAGUGUCUGUGUCGUUGAAGUCGAAGACUCAAAACUCUCUCUAUCGUCUGGGAUUGAAAUGCCAAAUGAUAAAAACUGCUAUGGUAUAAUGCAUACUGAUGGUAGGUUUGUUGUGAGUACGGAAAGAGGAGAUAUAUACACUGUGACACCAGAUAAUAUAGACUUUAUAAACGGGUACAGGAAAGCAUGCUAUUCCAUAGCACAAGAUCCACUUACUAAAGACACUCUUAUCAGUGUCGCAAACGAAACCGAGGGAGAAUGUGCAGUAUCAAGACUUUCCGAUAACCAUCAGUACGUGAACACUGAACUGACGGUUGGUAUCGUGUGGCAUGCGGCGGGAUUAGACACUGAUACAGAGGGAAACAUCUACGUGUGUGGUAGGGAUUCACACAACGUCGUACAGAUGUCUGGGGACGGAACACACGUCAGAGAGCUGCUGACGGCAUCAGACGGAAUAGUCAAUCCAUGGGGACUAGCUGUUCGUGAUGAGACGAUGUUGAUUACAACUAAUAUUGGUUGUGAUGUCCGUGUGUUUAAACUCUACUAA